AUGCAAAGGUCCUUGAUUAAUUUUCGAGUAGUCCCAAAUUUGUUGGGGCGAGCCUCAACCCGCCGCGCAUCUUCCACGACCACAGAAGUGUCAAAAACUUUAGAUUUUGAGGAUUUUCUGGAAGAUAUUACUGAAACUCCAUCUGAUCAGGUUCGAAUCCCGUUUUUUGUAUCAAAUAUAAGAAAAAUUCAGAAACGUUCGUUUGCCAGUCUUCUCCGCCAUUCAAAGUUCAUGCAACUCGGCGAUUUCGAUGGACGUUUGGUAACUGGUUUGUUUUUUCUCUUUGAAUGAAAAAAAAAAUGGAAUUUUUCAGGUAAAAUCGUUCAACGGGUUCAUGACGACUUGUACGUUGAUUUCGGGUUGAAAUUCAACGCAGUUUGUAAAGCGCCGGCCGUGAAUUCAGAGUAGGUUAUCACGCAUGUUUGAGACAGAACUACGGCGGCCGGUGGCCGGUCAAUAUUGCGCAGUCAGUUUCGGAGCCAGGAAAUUUUUUUAAUUUUCUUUCUUUUUUCUGCAAUUUGUUAGGGACCUAUUUCUCGAGGUUACAAGGUGAGUUACGUCACAAAAAGUACACAAUAUUUCCUUUUAUUAUUGAAAAACCUAUCCAAACUACCGUAAUACGACCGGCCACCUUAAACAGGCAUAAUUAUGUCAUAUUAAUAAAAAAGGAAAGUAGUUUCGAAGAUAAUAACUAAAAACGAUAUUCAAUAAAGUUCAUUUUGUCUUUUUGCGUUACGGGAAGUACAAGGUCGGAUUUUUUUGUUUGGUAAAACGACGAAUUUUCGUGAUUUAACCAAUUCUAAGGUUUCAAUCAACACCUCAAGCCAAAAUGAUAAUUUUUUUUAAAAAGAAAAUUAGAAGUAGAAAUUUUGUGAAAAAGUAAAAUUCAAUAAAUUGCAUAGUUUUUCUUAGUUUUUAGUUUUUUUUUUUCGUUUUAGGUUGACGAAGGUUCCUUUUUGCUGCCUUUUUGCAGCCUCUUAUCGACUUUUAUGCACCAAUUUUGCUGUCUCUUCACUUUUCCACCAUUUCUUGAGCCUUUGAGGUUGCAGAAAAAAUGGAAGACUCGAGAAAAGGACCCCUUUUGCUGCCUUUCUGCGGCCUUUUUUGAGCCUCUUUCUAUUAGAAGCCAUUAUCCACCAUUCCGGCUGUUCCCGAGUUGUUAGGACGUUUAGAGAAGCAUAAAACGAUUUUCAAAAGGGUCUCGAUGCGAAAAUUAUACUAAAAUUCCAGCGCUUACCGAAGCGGAGCACGAGUUCUGCUCCGGCUGCACGAUCCGGAGCUCAGCGAGCGAUUUUUGGGCUCCAAACAUGAUUUGACGUUACUCGAGGCCGACGCCACCUUGGUUCGAUUCCUCGGAAAUUCUGGCGGAGCUCCUCCUCAGCGCAAAGGUGAUGUUGGAUCAAGUUUUACAUCAUUUAUCAGAGCUUUUAUAGCUUUUCCAAGGAGAAAUAGCGAAAAUUCAUAGAAAAUAUCGAAAAAUCCAUUUUAAAAACAAAAAAAGUCUUCUUUUUUUAUUAAGAAAAAUCAAGAAAUCUGAGUUUUUUUCAACUUCUUUUUGCUUUUUAAGCUCAAAAAAAGCGCUGUUAUUUUCUUAAAAAUUCGCCAAACUUCAUGAGAAAAACUUUCAAAAAUUCAAUAAAAAUUACACAAUAAACGUCUCAAAAAUCCGUAAAUACCUAUGAGAAAAACUGAAAAAAAUUCGUCAAAAAUUCAUAAUAAAUCUCUUAAAAAAAUAUAAAAAAAUCCAUAAUAAAAAAACAUGAAAAUUUAUCAAAAAAAGCAUCAAAAAUUUUUGUUAAGGUUCAAUCAAAAGUCCACAGAAACGAUAUUUCUUCCGAAUUUCCCGACCUAGUUUCUUGAGAAACAGAAAAAAAGAGAUAAAACAUGAGAACUUUCAAAAUUUUUAACAAAAAGCUUCAAAAAAAAGUCAGUCAGGACUUUCCAGUUCCUUUUGACGUGGACCUCAGUAGCGCGAACCGGAAGAUUUUGAAAAUUUCAAGGGAUUCCUUUAGAGGCGUCAGAUUCCUUAAGUGAUCUCUUGAAAGGCUCGGAAACGUCCCGGAAGCGUCGGGUUUCCAUUACCGGGAUCCAAGGAGUUUCAAGUUUUCGAAAAAAAUUUUUGUUUGGCGCGAAAAAAUCAAGUUUUCUCGUGUUAAUCACACUUUAUAUUGAUUUUCUAUAAUUCCCAUUUUCAGGCGGUCGCCGGCCACAAAGAAGUCCAACUGAAAAACCGGCCGAUGACGUCAUUUCGACGGAUUUGGAGGCGGGAAAAGAGAAAAUUGACCCGAAAACCUCUUAG